CCAUCGCAGCCCCACCGCCGCAAUUCUCGGCUCCGAGCCCCCCGCAGCAUUUAAGUUCCAGCGCGGGGAGGUGGGCCCCACGCGCGGCCUCCGGGCCCCGCCCACUCUGGCCUGGGGUCGGAGCCGAGGCGAGCGCCAGCCGAGUCCGAGCGGCCGCGGCCCCUUUAAGGAGCCGCUCUGCGGUAACCCGAGCCCGCAGUCCGGGCGGGCGCGGCGGCAGCGGCGGCGCGAGCCUCGGCGACUGCUCCUUCAGGCGUCCCCGGCUCCCGCGAGCAUCUCGCGCGUGGCUCCGGCCGGCGCAGUCCUCCGGCCCGGCCGGAUGACCAGGCGCCUGUAAACCCCGCUGCGCUCUCCCGGCUCCGCGCAGCCGCCGCCCGCGCGACUCAUCCCGGGACCCGGCACAGGUGGAAGAGCUAUGGAUGCCAACACCAAAGUGGUCAUCGGCACGCUUUGUAGCAGCUUCCUCCUCUUCCAGGUUCUUUUCCAUUUUGUAAGUUACUGGUUUUCAGCCAAAGUUUCUACAGGUUAUAAUAAUCUUAGCAUCGACAAGAAGAUCGAAUGGAACUCAAGGGUAGUUUCUACAUGCCACUCUUUGCUGGUUGGGGCUUUUGGCUUAUACCUCUUCUUAUUUGAUGAGCCUACUAUAGCUGAUCCACUCUGGGGUGAUCCAAUGCUUGUGAAAUUGAAUAUUGCAACUGCUUCAGGCUACCUCAUUUCUGAUUUAUUGAUUAUCCUUUUGAAUUGGAAAGUGAUCGGCGACAAGUUUUUUGUUAUUCACCAUUGUACGGCGCUAGCUGCAUACUACUUUGUACUGAAAGAUGGAAUGCUAGCGUACAUUGCCAACUUCCGCCUGCUUGCCGAGCUUUCCAGCCCCUUCGUGAACCAGAGGUGGUUCUUUGAAGCCCUAAAGUACCCCAAGUUUUCCAAAGCCAAUGUCAUCAAUGGAGUUCUCAUGACAGUGGUCUUUUUCGUAGUGCGGAUCCUCGCGAUACCUCCUUUGUAUUUCUUCAUGUACUCCGUGUACGGAACAGAAGCCUACAUGAGGCUCGGAUUUGUGGUCCAGUGUACCUGGAUCACUAGCUGUCUUAUUUUGGAUGUGAUGAAUGUCAUGUGGAUGAUCAAAAUUACAAAAGGAUGCAUCAAGGUCAUCUCUCUCAUCAGACAAGAAGCCAAGAGUAGCCUUCAGAACGGAAAACUUGAUUAAAGGCGUGCUUCAUCAAACACCCGUGUUUCCAAAGCCAUGUUCAUUCCUCCCCGCGUCAUGUCUACUGAUAGAUGAGUUCCUGGCAUGCUCCCGCUGCUCUCUUCCUUACGGCUGUUUGUUAUUCAGGGUUUCCGUGUCUUCUUCUCUCUCUUUCAUCUUUAGAAAAGGAAAAUAAAAUUUAGUUUUCACUCCCAAGAUAUCUUCUUUCCUUCUGCCUCUUAAGCAUGGCUAGACAUCGACAGGUUUCGGUAGAAUUUGUAAGUGGAGUGGAGCACCUUUUCUGAACUCGCGGUGUGCGUGGGGAUUGUUCUCUGCAGAGAAAUGACUAUGGGGGUGACCCGCUUCGCUGAAGGAGCGAGAACUGCUUUUAAGUCCGUAAGCAGCUCGGUUUGUUGUGCUGUGUUCUUUUCUAAUGCCAAUGCCUGCGUAGGGUCUGAUUUCUAAGUUGCUAACAUGUCCUUUUCCAGGCCAUCAGAAAUGACAUAGUUUCAUUUGGGAAUGUGGUCAUCUAUUAUGAAGGAGUAUUUCACUCUUUGACAAUAUCAUGUUUGAACAUAUUCCUGCAUUUUAAGAUUUCAGAUGCCGCUUUAUUUCUGUCUUUAGUGUUUCAUCCAACAGUUUUAAAAACUGUAUGUCAGGCAAGGCUUAAGCCCAUUGUGUGGACCUUGGGGAUGAAUGUCUUCUAAAAGUGCAUGCUGGGAACAUGGCUUCUGUACUACUGCCUUCCCCUCUGUUUCCUUGUACUUUUUCCAUGAAAAAAAGAUACUCUUCUUGCAAAAUCUUCCCUGAGUUUAAAGCCUGACGCCAGAAUACCAGUCUUUCCCAGAAUGCAUUUGUCAUACCCCAGAAAUCGGCCUUGUGUUGAUUGGUUAGACUGACGGCGGCGCUACAGACAGGUCAGUGUUUGGGUUUAUCCGUAGACUUUCUCAGGCUUGCUUAGUCCAUCUUCGCUUUGCAUUUUUCUGGAGCAGGAAGGAAGAAGGUGAUUUAACCCAAGUAUUCUGAUGGUCAAAACUGUCACUCUAUGUGAAGAAAGUGUGUGUAUGUGUUUACUUUCACUUUGGUUCUUGCAAUCCAAAUAGAGAAUUAUAUAUUUAGCUAUUA